AUGUCGGAUCACGAGUACGGUGGCAACGAUGACCUUUCUCUCCCCAAAGCGACUGUCCAAAAGAUGGUCACCGAGAUUCUACCCGCGUCAAGUGGGCUCUCCUUUGCAAAAGAAGCUCGGGAUCUGCUCAUCGAAUGCUGCGUGGAGUUCAUUACUCUAGUGUCUUCGGAGGCUAAUGAGAUUUCGGAGAAAGAAGCGAAGAAGACAAUCGCGUGUGACCAUAUCACCAAGGCGUUGGAUACCCUAGGGUUUUCAGAGUAUAUCCCUGCCGUCCUCGAGGCUGCCGCGCAACACAAAGAGACUCAAAAGGUCCGUGAGAAGCGUGGCAAUAAAUUGGAGGACAGCGGGAUGACGAUGGAGCAGCUGGAGCAGAUGCAAAGGGAGGCGUUGGCAGAAGCCCGCCAGAAAUUCCAAUGA